AUGGCGUAUUUUCUCAUUACUGAUUCGAUAACUACGGCUUUACUAAUUUUACUUGUCGUUACUUUUAUUUAUUAUCUUUAUCGUGCUCGUAAGAAUAACAUAUUUCAUCGUCUUGGUGUACCUGGUCCAGAACGUAUUCCGGUUCUUGGAGAAAUGUUUCACGUUAUCAGGAAGCACAUGACAAUGCAUGACACCGAUUUGGUCCGGCAAUAUGGGAAAGUUGUCGGGAUUUAUGAAGGAACAGCCCCAGCUCUUCUUGUGACCGAUCUCGACUUAGUUCGAAACGUACUUAUUAAAGACUCUCACGUAUUUAUCAAUCGACGAGGUAUGGAAGGUAUAGGAGGUCCCUUAGAACAUUCACUUAUCGCAUUAAAAGAUGAAGAAUGGAAAAAUGCUCGAUCCAUUGUAUCACCGACAUUCUCGUCAGCAAAACUGAAAGCAAUGUAUACUCUUAUGGGCGAAGUAGGUGAUACGUAUCGCGAUCGUCUUUUAGAGUAUGCUGAUAAACAAGAACUGUUUAAUAUCAAUGAACUUAACGGACAGCACGCACUUGACUCAAUUUCUUCAUGUCUCUUUGGUAUUGAAACAAACUCAUUGAAAAACGAAAAUGCCACUUUGAUUAAGCAUUUGAAAAAAUUCUUCACUGUUGAUUUCAAAAAUAUAUUUCUUUAUAUUUUUCUUAUAUCACCUCGAUUGGCUAGAUAUCUGGGGAAAAAAGGCUAUUCAAUUUUCCCAAGUGACACCAUUAACUAUGUAUCGAAUAUUGUAAAUCAUGUAAUAAGUCAACGUCGACAACAUUUGGAAAGACGAAAUGAUUUUAUUCAAAUGAUGAUUGAUCACGAAGAAGCGGUGAAAGUCGAGGAAGCCAUGACUGAACAAACAAAAGCAAAGGACCCACAACAACAAUGGGGAACACUUAAAAAAACUUUGAAUGACAAAGAAAUAUUUAGUCAAGGACUUCUGUUUUUGACUGCCGGUUUUGAAACAACAAGUGCGCUAUUAUCGUUCUUUUGUUAUUUCAUGACCAUAGAACCAGUUGUACAAGAAAAAAUUUAUGAAGAAAUUCAACAAGAAUUGGGAAAUGAUGAAAUUACCUAUGAGAAACUCAAUCGACUUCAAUAUUUGGAAAUGGCUAUCAAUGAGACGCUUCGAAUGUAUCCACCGUUCAUAAGAUUGAAUCGUGUGGCAUCAUAUGAUUAUCAGCUUGGUGAUUAUCAUGUACCGAAAGGAUCUUCUGUAAAUGUACCUGUUUACCAAAUUCAUCAUGACCCUGAAUAUUGGCCUGAACCGGAAAAAUUCAUACCGGAACGAUUUUCACCAGCUGAGAAAGUAAAACGGCAUCCGAUGACAUUUCUUCCGUUUGGCGAUGGACCUCGCAAUUGUAUUGGAAUGCGAUUUGCUUUGUUAGAGGCAAAACUUGCCAUUGCUAAAGCACUUCGUGAUGUAGAACUUCAAAAAUGUGAAAAAACAGAAGUUCCACUGCAAUUGGGGAAAAUGAAUACUUUAAAAGCCAAAAAUGGUGUUUGGGUUCGUGCAGUUCGUCGAUCAGAAUAA